AACUCCUGCUUCUCGCCACCACAACCCUUGAUCGCGGCGCGUCGAGGCUAACGAUCUAAGACACGAUGGAUGUGAACUUCCGCAAGAUAGACAUCGAUCAGUUCGACGAGGAUGUGCUGCUGGAGACCGAACUCUAUGACGCAGACCCAAGAGACCCUGCUCAGGUCACCGAGGAGGCGAAGGCUCGCGCGGCAACUGUCCGCGGUUCACUCUCUAAGGGAGAUAUAACCGGCGCACUGACCACAGUGUUGGAAAACGCUCCUUACGGGCCAUACGUGGAGGAGGCGAAAACGUUAACGCUUCAAACACUCCUCACCAUCCUUAACAGCACGAAAUCAGCUGAGAUAGCGAAUAUCGUGAAGUCGUUGGACCAAGAUAAGCAUGACACGCUCAUGAAGUACCUGUACAAGGGCAUGGCGAUGCCGGGCUGGGGUGAUGUCAGCGGGAGCGUAUUGCUUGGGUGGCAUGAAAAGUUGACGGAGGUCGCCGGUAUAGGGUGUAUCGUCCGUGUGAUGACCGACAGGCGCACGGUAUGAUGCCCCGAACCAAUCAUGUUGUAUCUUACAGGAAUGUAUAUCAUGGAUCACGGGCCGAUGCUCAUCCCAUCUUGCCGGUCAGGCUAUCAC